GGCGCCCCGGGUAGAAGUAGGAAUUGCUAGGUAACUGAAUAUACUCUGCAGCCACUCAAACUAUCUUGCAUGUUACCGAGGACAAUGGAAGUGAAACCCUUUCCCGCCAAUACAGAAAUUAGUCCUUCCCCGAUGUAAAUCAUUGUGCAUUUUCAACUGCCCGCUGCGAGAGAGCGCAAGAAUACUAAACCUAAUGCACUGUGACUGGUUGUAAUUACCGGGAUGCGUGUACGAAUACCUUAGGAUUGUUUAGAUACAUACCUCUACGCGAUACAUAAACGCGGUAAUUUGAUAUUUUCACAUUUGAUCGCGACACAUGGUCCUUGAGAUGGACGUUACUUACGUGUACACAAAGCGAAGAGCUGAAUUUGGCAAACAGUGUACUUUCAAUGAAAGGAACGCCGAGCUACUUGUAGACAUCCCUCCAGAUCGUGAAUUGGCUAAAAAUUACAUUGAACUGAAUCCAGUAAGCAGAGGAAUACAGUGUUCCCAGGAAAUGUCUGAGCACGAAGUGAAUACAGAGAGAUAUCAUUCUGAAACCCGUGGAAUCAAUCAUGUUGAAGGUGGAUGGCCAAAAGAUAUAAACGCUCAGGAACAAGAUCAGGUGUUGCGUUACCGCAAGAAAAUUGAAAAGGAUGAGAUGUACACUGCUACCGUACAAAGGUUGGGUGCAGUUAUGGAACAUUGCAUUAAGCAAAAUAACGCGUUAAACAUAUAUGAAACUUACUACGAUGACGCAGACGACGCAACUUCCGAGGAACCUCCCUCAGCAAAAACAAUAAAUAUACUAAAGGACAUGAGUGAUAUCAAAAGGAGUGUUGCUCAUAUUUCUUGGUUUCCUGAUGGUCCAUCUAAACUAGCCGUCGCCUACUGUACUACAGAGUUUCAAGCUUCUUCGCCAAACACUUCCUCUGAAUCAUAUAUAUGGGACAUUACAAACCCAAAUCGGCCUGAGCUUGUGUUGAAACCAGCAUCGCCACUAGUAUGCAUAGAAUACAACCCGAAGGAUUCACAUACCUUGGUCAGUGGUUGUUACAGUGGUCAGCUAGCAUUUUGGGACAGAAGAAAAGGUUCUCAACCAGUAGAAGUUUCUCCUAUUGAAAAAAGUCACCGCGAUCCUGCAUGGAAGGUUAUAUGGAUACAGUCAAAAACGGGAACUGAAUGCUUCUCUACGGGAACUGAUGGUCAAGUUAUGUGGUGGGAUGUACGCAAACUGUCUGAACCAACUGAAGUCCUGUUUCUGGAUCCAACAAAAAAGCAAGACUUUGCCUGUGCGCAGGGGGCCUAUGCAUUGGAAUAUGAAUCGACAAUUCCCACAAAGUUUAUGGCUGGUACCGAACAAGUGAGUUGUCCUAUCAUGUUAACUUCAGUCUAA